AUUCACUUGCUGCGGGGGGGCAGCGCCAAGUUCAUCAGCGAGAUGUCGAAGCGACUCGACGCGUGCCUGGCGAAGGACGUCGUCGCCCGAGAGAGAGGUAUCAAAUUUGGGGACGGUCCCAAACAAAAGUGGCGCGACGUCGAGGCGGACGAGGUCGACUUGGGCAAGGAGUUCGUCACCGAUAACGCCAAGCUAGGGCUGAACCGCAAGAACGCGUUGGAUGGCGUCAUCCACGAUUACGUCACCCACAAGCCAAAGAAAGACGGGAACUUCCUGCGCCCCAAAUACGUGCAGCUCUUCGCUCACAACAUUGAUGGGGUCACCAUUGGGCCUACUGGCACCAAGGCGAUGAUUUGUUUUUGA